AUGUCUCCCAGUGACACUCCGGAUGUGAAGCCGGUACAGGAGGGUCAACAGGAAGCUGGGCAAGAGUCGACGGUUCGAGAUACCACAAUUCGCCGGGAUUAUGGUACUCUCGGUGAUACCCCGACGAGCAGCAGUCAAAGACCACGAAGUGCCCAUCGAUCCGAAGACGCACAAGAUGCCGUUUCCGGUAUGCCCUCACUGUCACCGCAGACUACAAGAUCCAAGAAGCCUGCGACUAUGAGACGGGCCUCCACGAGGAAGCAGCUGCCUCAUCGAGGCGAGCAAUUCUCGGUAGACGAUGAUCCGUCCGAGGUGGAGGAAGCGCGAGCGCCGCAGACACCCUCUACUCCGAUCCUCCCUCCUGCCAGUCGACAACAUUCUACUGUUCGUCGACGAACUCACGCCGGUGUGGCCCAGCUCCCCCGCGUUGAGUCUGCCGAUGAAGAAGUGGACCGCAUAACUCUGGAAACCGGAGGUCCUGUAGAAGAGCUGGAGGAUGACGUUGAUGAUCCGGUACUUGGCGACUUGGAAGAGCCAGACCUGAGUGAUGCCGAGAGUUUCACUUUGAAAGACCGGCAGUUGGCCAUCAACGAGACGCAUCCGUUUGGUAUCCGGAUAUGGAAACCUGCGCUAUACAAAAAGAACAGAUCGGUGGAAAAGGGCGCUGAGGAAGAUAUCCAUUCGUCUCCCAGUCAGAUCGUCAGCAAGUGGCUUUGGGCUUUCAAUUGCUUGUGGACGAUUCUUUUCGGCUGGUGGCUCGCUGCAGCCGCCGCGUUAGCUUCCUUGGUCUGCUAUUUGUUUGCGUUUGACCCUAGUGCGGCAGCAUAUGGUAGCGUGUUCUGGGGUCUGGCCGGAUACCUCUUCUGGCCCUUUGGCAAGUUUGUCAAGCUUGAGCAAGACGAGAACUACGCCGACGAAGACGAAGGCGAAGGCCGAAGUAUUAGUGAAUACGAGCGAUGGCAGAGCGGCGACUUGGAGUAUGGCCGGCUCAUGUUUGGGCCGCAUAUGAUGCAUUCAGGCUCAAUCGUGGGCCGACGUCGAAAUAGCGUCGACUCUGCCAACGAAACCGACAGCCUUCUGGCCCGAAGUGGGAGAAGCGACCUCGAAGACCCCGGUGUCCACUUCAAGGCGAAGCGGCGACUUUUCGGCCGCGGCCAGUGGACUCUCGGCAGAGUGAUCUUCUUCAUCUUCUUCUACUUCUUCGUGGCCCCUCUAAUGCUGACGGUUUCUAUGAUCUGCUGGUUCAUGGUAUUCUGGAUCCCCAUGGGCCGGGUCACGUUGAUCCUGUUCUACCACUUGAGAAAAAGGCCGCUCUCACUGACUUUCCACCGCGACGUGUCGGCCGCUAGAAGCUCCACCAGACCGUCGUCGAUCCUGCUGUGUACCUAUCGAGCCGUGGGAAUCAAAUAUUGGAAGUAUACCGUUGAUGGCACCAACAUCUUCCUCAUUAACUUCCUGGCUGUCGUCGUCUUGGUCAUCCUGGAUUAUUUCAUUCUGAAGCAAGCCUUGGGUCUGAAUAUUUGGCUCACGAGCCCGGCGCUACUGUUUGUUCUAGCGUUGGUUUCUAUCAUUCCCUUGGCGUACUUCAUCGGCCAGGCGGUGGCCUCCAUCUCGGCACAGUCGUCAAUGGGUAUGGGGGCGGCAGUCAAUGCCUUCUUCUCGACGGUUGUCGAGGUGUACCUGUACUGCAUUGCCCUUAAUGAGGGUAAGGGGCCUCUCGUCGAAGGCAGCAUCAUUGGCAGCAUAUUUGCCGGUAUCCUUCUUUUGCCUGGGCUAUCAAUGUGUUUCGGAGCCAUCAGGCGCAAAACACAACGCUUCAACGUGAAGUCGGCUGGUGCCACUUCCACCAUGUUGUUGUUCGCUGUGAUUGCGGCAUUCGGACCAACCCUGUUUUACAAAAUCUAUGGAAGCCAUGAGUUGAUCUGCAAAUCCUGCGCGGCGGCAGAUCUGGACAACCCCAGGGAUUGUCGCCAAUGUUACUUCCGCCAGGUCCCCGCAGUCACCGACGAAUUUUUUGUCAAGGCUGUCAGACCGUAUUCAUGGGUCGCCGCUGCCUUUUUGUUCUCUUCAUACAUUAUUGGGUUGCUCUUCACUCUGCGGACACAUGCUGCCAUUAUCUGGACCACCGAGAUCGAGGAGAAGAAGCCUCCUCAAGCCGCGCAGACCGCCGAUGUGAGCCCGAUGGACACUCGACAUCAAAGCGUUGUUAACUCACAGCAGUUCCAGCAGAACGGCUCUUAUGUACCCAGAUCAGCGAUUAGAGAAUCGCAAUUGUACAAAAGAAUUCUGGGGCAGUCUCUACGGUCAGCAGGAUUAGCUGACGGCGAUGGUACUGCCGAGCAGGAAACUAGCACUGCCAACGCACCCUCACAAACACACGGACUUGAUCCCCCUAACAAGAAUGACUUGCCCCAUGUUGUACCGCCCAAAUCGAGUCACGGAUCAGAGGCAACUCAAAGUCCAUCCUUACGCCCUGUUGUCCCUGGUUUGUCCGAGGAAGAUAACAACAACCUGGUUCGUCAGGUGGCUGAGAUGGCGGCCACGGCAGCCACUGUUGCAGCACGCGACGCGGUAAAUCAUCCUCGAGCAGCAUCAUACCAAGCGACCCAUUCAUUCAAACCAGACACGGUCAGGACCAGCAAGCCGGCACUCACCCGCACUAGCACUGCGGUGGAAGAUGUCUACACUAAUGCUGUUGCCGAACAAGCUGUCCAUGGUGACAUAGGCGGGCACGACGCUCCCAACUGGUCGCGGACAAAGUCGUCCGUCAUCUUGUUAACGGCAACAGUGGCCUAUGCUAUUGUGGCAGAAGUCCUGGUGGACACCGUUGACGUUGUCCUCAAUUCUAUUGAGAUUGAUGAGAAAUUCCUGGGGAUUACCUUGUUUGCGCUUGUGCCCAACACCACCGAGUUUCUCAACGCCAUCUCCUUCGCUAUGAACGGCAACAUUGCGUUGAGUAUGGAGAUCGGGUUAGCGUACGCAUUGCAGGUUUGCUUGCUUCAGAUUCCUGCUCUUGUCCUGUUUUCGGCACUGCACGGACAAUUGCUCGAUCCCCGCGAUUUACUUGAUCAUACUUUCAACCUCAUCUUCCCGCAAUGGGACAUGGUCACGGUUAUCCUCUGUGUGUUCUUGUUGAGCUAUCUCAUACAGGAAGGCAAGAGCAACUACUUCAAGGGGAGUAUCCUCGUGUUGACCUACCUUGUGGUAGUCCUGGGAUUCUACUUCAGCGGCUUCACCACCAUCAAUAUCAUGGGAGGAGACCCAUACGAUACCCUGGCGAUGCAAUCAGGCAUGGUAUUGCAACAGCCACGUCCGGCAACAAGUAAGCCGAACGGCAGAGAAUUGUAA